GCUCUCAUCACGCGCAUCCAACUCCCUCUUCCACCUACUGCUUCUUCUCCUCGGCAGCGAGUUCCGGCGCGGGUGCUUCCGUUGGCUGGCUGACUUCUUGGGGACGAGCUAGAACCGGUGGCCAUAGCCAGCCAUGCCUAGCCGGGUGGACGCUGACGACGCCAGGGGCGGCCCCGGAGUGGGGGAGAUCGUGGAGGCCAGGGCCAGCGGCGGCGUGCGCGUGCCUCCGCGGAAGACCGCGCGGUUCGCGGAGCCUGUGUCCCCGCAGCGCGUGGGCGACGACGACGACGACGUCGUGGAGGAGAUCACCCUCGACAUGCGGGACGGCACGAAGGCGGUGCACCGCGUGAGACCGGUGGCGCGCGGUGAGGAGUCGGACGUGAAGCUGCUGGCGUCCUCGUCCGGCCAUGGCGCGCUCAAGAACGCCAGGACGCGGAUCGAGCAGGUGAGGCAGGAGCUCCGGCGGGCCGCCUCCAUCAGCCGCCGGGGAGGCGGCUUCGACAGGUCCAUGCCGUCCGCGCCCGCGCACGCGCUCGAGGGUCUCAGGUUCAUCAGCGGGACAGACGCCUCCGAAGGAUGGGCCAAAGCCGAGUGGUUCUUCAAGAAUAAUGCCGAGAAUGGACGCCUCCCCCGCUCCAAGUUCGGCGAGUGCAUCGGUAUGAAAGAGGCCGCGUUCGCCGGCGAGCUGUUCGACGCGCUGGGAAGGCGGCGGGGCAACUCCGCCGACAGCAUCGACAAGGCCGAGCUGCUCGAGUACUGGGAUCAAAUUUCCGACACCGACUAUACGACCCGCCUGCAGCUCUUCUUCGACAUGGUGGACAAGGACUCUGACGGGAGGAUCAGCAAGGUGGAGUUCAAACAGAUCAUCACGUUGAGUGCGUCGGCAAACAAGCUAAAGGUGGCCGAACAGGAUUCCGAGAAGUAUGCCCGGCAGAUCAUGGAGAAGUUGGACCCCUAUGGCCUUGGCUACAUCGAGUUGUACGAUCUAGAGACGCUAUUCGUGAAGCCGUCAAAUGACCCGGCGUCGAUUGAGACGAAGACCAACAACCAUGAACCAAGCAAGCCGCUGACGAAAAACAAUCCGUUUAUGCGGUGGUACCGCCACACCAGAUACUUUGUGAAGGACAAUUGGCGCCGUUGCUGGGUGAUGCUCCUAUGGCUCUCCAUCUGCACGAGUCUAUUCGCUUGGAAAUUUGUGCAGUACCGCCACCGAGCUGUAUUUCAGGUGAUGGGCUACUGUGUGUGCGUGGCCAAGGGUGGUGCCGAGACGCUCAAGUUCAACAUGGCGCUCACCCUCCUCCCUGUGUGCCGCAACACCGUCACGUGGCUCCGGACUCGCACUGCCGCGGGGCAGUUUGUGCCGUUCAACGACAACCUCAAUUUCCACAAGGUGAUCGCUGUGGGGAUCUCCGUCGGCGCCAGUUUGCAUGUCAUCUCCCAUCUAGCGUGCGACUUCCCACGACUGUUGCAUGCCACCGACGAUGAGUACGAGCCCAUGAAGCCGUUCUUCGGUGACGUCAAGCCACCCAACUAUUGGUGGUUCGUGAAGGGCACGGAGGGGUGGACGGGGCUAGUGAUGUUGGUGCUCAUGGCCAUCGCAUUCACGCUCGCCACGGGGUGGUUCCGCAAUAGAGCGCUCCGGCUCAGCAAGCCCAAGAAGAAUGACAACCGUCCCCAGUCCAAGAAGCCAGACAGCCCGCCCAGGCCCCUCACUCGGUUCAUGAGGGCCUCGCGCAAACGCCUCAAUAUGCUCGUUAAUGCCUUUCUCGAUCGUUUCACUGGAUACAACUCCUUCUUGUACACACACCACUUCUUCAUCAUCGUCUACGCAUUGCUCAUCGUCCACGGGCACUUUCUCUACCUCACCAAGAAGUGGCAAAAGAAGACGACGUGGAUGUACCUGGCGGUGCCGAUGAUCGUGUAUGCGUGCGAGCGACUGACGCGGACACUGCGGUCGAGGAUGCGGUCGGUGCAGAAGGUCAAGGUGGCCGUGCACCCGGACUCCGCAGCCCUGUUGUCGCUGCGCUUGUCCAAACCGGAGGGGUUCACGUACAAGAGCGGGCAGUACAUCUUCGUCAAAUGCCCCGACGUCUCAAGAUUCGAGUGGCACCCGUUCUCCAUCACGUCGGCGCCGGAGGACGACCACAUCAGCGUCCACAUCAAGGCGAUGGGCGACUGGACCAAAAAGCUCAGGAAGACCUUCUUCGAGGCUUCUGAGGCGUUGACGGAGGACAAGACCGAGAUUCGCCGGCUAGAGUACGAGCACGGCGACGCCAUGCCAGCUCCGAGGGACGGACUAAAGUACCCGACGGUGCUGAUCGACGGGCCGUACGGCGCGCCGGCGCAGGACUACAAGCAGUACGACACCUUGCUACUGGUGGGACUCGGCAUCGGAGCCACGCCCAUGAUCUCGAUCAUCAAAGACAUCAUCAACAACAUGAAGCGGCUCCCUGGGGAUAUCGAGUCAGGCAACCCCGGCGACGCAGGCACGUCGUCAUCAUCGUUCCGAACUCGCCGCGCCUACUUUUACUGGGUCACCCGGGAGCAAGAAUCCCUGGAGUGGUUCCAUGGGAUCAUGGACGAGGUGGCUGAGACGGACAAGAAUGGCGUGAUUGAGCUCCACGUCCACUGCACUAGCGUCCACGAGGAGGGCGACGCCCGGUCGGCGCCCAUCACUAUAAUCCAGUCCCUCAACUACGACAAGCACGGCAUUGACAUCAUCUCCGGCACUCGAGUGAAGACCAGCCUCGGCCGAGCAAACUGGGGCCAAGUCUACAAACACAUCGCCCAGGAGAAUCAAGGAAAACGUGUCGGAGUAUUCUACUGUGGCAUGCCGAUGCUGACCAAAGAGCUCCGCGAGCAUGCAAAGGUUUACUCGAGAGAAACAAGCACAACAUUCGAGUUCCACAAGGAGAACUUUUAGUUUUCCCAGCCAUCCAGCCACAAGAAGUUUCUCUUUGCGCGGAAACCGUGUUCAUAGUACAGACCAAGUACUAGAGCAUCACGGUAUAUCAUCUUCUUAGAUAUUACAUGUAUAUGCAGUUGCUCAUUGUCAUGUAACUAUGGUGUUUAUAUUGGCUACUCUACUGCAUUUAUCAUGCAUUAUGUAAUAUAAUUUGAUUAAUGUACUAUAUCUAUCCCAAAUUUUAUUAACGUGCUACUUAGUGUAU